AUGGAAGUGGAUGAACCUCAAACACACACAAAUAUAAUGAGAAAUGAUUAUUUCUUAUUUCGAUUGUCCAUCAGCACUUUGGGCAAUUUUUGUCACUGGGAAUUAUUGCUCCUGCACACAAGACAAAAUUUUAUUUUCAAUUUUAUUAAAAUGUAUAUAUUGAUACCUAUUUUUUUCGGAAAAAUCGUGCUGAGAAAAAUUGCUAGAAGGGCUAGAGUAAAACAGACGCUGUUUUUGCACAUCACUCUCAAGUUUCUACAAUAUGUGAAGUGCUCAGUUUAA